AGUUUGAAGGUAGGCAACAAGUGUGUGGUUACGCUCGGAUUUUUACUUGUUUUGAUUGGAAUAUAACCAUAAAAAUAUCUACAACUGUCCCUUACUUUUUUCAUAAACUGUACAGAAUGAUUUAUUCAUAGAAAUUUAAUAUUGGCCUCGAACAAACUCCGUAAUGCCCGACUCGGAAGUAGGUACAUCAGAAAAUAUCCAAGAAAGUGCAAGUGUUUCCAAUGUAAACACUUGUGAAAGAAUCAAAUCAGAGUCGGAUUUAACAAGUAGUUUAAAUGUCGAUCUACAGGCACGAACCAGAGGUAGACCUAAAAGUAGUAAAAAAGAUAAUGAGGUUAAACAGUUAAAAUCGCAAAGUAAAGGAAGAAAUAUAAAAUUUGAGUCAGUUAUUAUUAAAGUAAAUGACCAAGAAGUCUUUUCUAUUCCUGAAUAUCCUGAUGUUAAAAUUAAAGUUGUUAAAGGUGGUAAACACCCUUAUAUGUGCCCAAAAUGUGACCUAGGCUUCUGGACUAAGACUGCUUACGAGGCUCAUCAACCAGUUCAUAUUCUCAAAAAAGCAAAGCAACCUAUAAAAAAGUUCCGUUGUGAUAUAUGUGCGAAAGAGUUCAGCAAACUAUGUGAUGUAGAACGCCAUACUCGUGUUCAUACUGGAGAAAAGCCCUGCAUUUGCAAUAUAUGCAAUAAACGCUUUCAGCAAGCACACAAUCUCAGUAAACACUUGUUGACCCAUUUACACAUAAAACCAUUCUAUUGUGAAAUUUGUAACAAAAAAUUUGGAAGAAACGAUGUACUGAGAAGACAUUUGUUGACUCAUUCAGUUGACAAACCUGUCAAAUGUUCUGUUUGUCAUAGAGGUUUCAUCAGACAUUCACAGUUACUACAACAUAUGAGAAGAAAACAUCCACGCCAUCCUGUAGAAGAUGUUAGUGAAUCCUAUGCUGACCCAAAUGAGAGUGAUUCUAGUGAAACAAAGGAUGAUGGUUUUGAUAAUGAACCUAGUACUUCCAAGUUCAAGAAUAACAGUCAUGACAAAUGAGUUUACUGAUAGUAAAUGAUCUCUUUUUUGUAGUUUUAAGUGAAUAAUAUUGGAUGUUACUGGUGCUGAAGAUGACUUUAAGUUGUUGUUUUUGUGGGAAGUUCUUUUAGUAACAAAAAUAGUUUCCUUUGUGGUGCUAGACUUUUUUAUUGACUGAUUAGAGAUUAACGUCAAAAUAUACAAUUCUUAUAAAUUUCAGUACUUACAGAAUGUUAAUUUCAUAAUUUUAUGAAAUUUGAAGUUUUGUUUAAUAAUAUGUUAUUUUUAGACUGUAUUAUAUAAAUUAUACAAAUCUACACCACACACUUUAUACAUAUAUUAUGUCUACAAGUUAGUAUUUGAUUAUAAUUUUGAGGAUCAAUUUUUUUAUUUCAAACUGAAAUAUAUUGGGUAAAAAUGUGCCUUAGGUUUAGAGAUGUGUGUUUCCACUAAACACAAUUGUGAACGAAAUAUCAAUGUACAAAACCAAUUGUGUUUGGUGGAUAUGCAAUUGGGAAUUAUAUUUUGAUUUUAAAUAUUGUAUUUUAUACAAUUAUAUUUACAAGUUUAUUUUGGAGAUUAUGUAACUCUAUUCUUAUAAAUUGGGUGUUUCGUUUUUAAUAGAGCUUCUAUGUUUGUGAUUUUAAUAAACCUUUUUGUG